AUGUCAUCCAACAAUAACACUAGCAUUUCACUAGCAAUUCUUCAACUUCAAAGCGCUUUUCGAUAUCCAAACCUUAUUUUAGGAUUUAUUCUAUUGAUUGGUGGUGUAUUAGGAAAUAUUCUUAACAUCAUAGUCUUCAUUAAAGUUCCAAAUUACAAGAACAAUUCAUGUUCACUCUACAUGUUUAUUCGUACUUUUCUUGAUCUCUAUAUUCUUCUUGUUGGUGUAACUACUCGAAUUCUUGCUACAGGCUUUCAAAUGGAUUUUACUGUAAUGAAUCGAAUUUGGUGUAAAGCACGCUCAGGUUUUAUCGAUAUUAAUACUCAAAGUACAUAUACUCUGAUUUGCUUACAAGCUAUUGAUGCUUUCAUUUGUUCUUCUUCAUCAGUGGUUGUACGACAAAAGAGUAAUAUUCGAGUAGCACGAUGUUUAAUAGUUGGUACUGUUUGUUUUUGGUGUAUUCAUGAGAUACCUUAUUUCAUCUUUCAAGAUCUUGUUAUUGUAGGAGGCACUCCGAUGUGUAUAACAACAAAUACAAUUUAUGCUCAGUAUCGCAGCUAUAUUGUUAUUCUUGGCAUUCUCACCAUUAUUCCUAUCAUAGUGAUCUCAAUUUUUGGAUUUUUCACUGUUCGACAUAUGAAAACUAUCGGUGUAAAGAGAUUACUUUCUUCUUUUACAAGACAAACAAUUAGCAUGGCAUUAUUUCAAAUACUUGCUGUAUUAGUAUUCACUAGUCUAUUUGCAGCUUCGCAAAUUUACUCAAUCAUUACAGCAAAUGUAGCUAAAGGCUCUUAUAGGCGAGCAGUGGAACAGUUAAUUACUUCAUUUAUUGCUACUUAUGGUUAUGGCCCAUAUGCGAGUUCAUUUUAUUGCUAUUGUUUAUCUAAAAGAUUUCGAAAUCAAUUGAUUGUUUCUCUCAAAGAGGUCGUUGGUAGUAUACAUAAGAAUCAAGUAUUUCCAGUUAUUCAAAGAAAUCGUGAUCACAAUUAA